UUGACGAUGAAAAUCGAGUUUUUGAUAUAACAUUACAUAAAUUAAUGGAUGCUGAAGAUAUUUUACAAGAAUGUAAAAGUCAAAAUAAAAAGUUACUUGAAUAUUUAACAAGAUCAACAACUUUAGAAGAACUUGUAAAUUUGAUAACGGAAGAACCUUCUAUGGACUUGGAAGAACGUUGGCGUUAUAAAUAUUCAAAUGUUGCUUGUGAAUUACUCACCAGUGAUGUUCCUGUCCUGACCGAGAAAUUAGCCAGUAAUGAGAUACUACUAUCCAAACUAUAUUCUUUCAUUGAUAAGGAAGAACCUUUAAAUCCAUUGUUAGCGUCUUUUUUUAGUAAAACAAUUCAUUCACUAUUAAGAAGAGCUUCGGAUCAGAACUGGAUUUCUCAUCAGUUUGUGUGCCUUCAAGUUUUAGAGUCUCUUAAAAGUCGCAAAAAUUGUGUUGAUUUAUUACUACAACACAUACAGACUUCUGCCAUAAUGGAUUUAAUUCUAAUACUUCUUACUAAAAUUGAAGGUGAUGAAAUGCGUCAGAACGUAUUAAAUUGGUUUGAUGAUCAACAGUUUGUUCAAAGAUUAGUAAAACUAUUGUCUUCAUCUUCUGAUAAAAAAAAACAUGCUAAUGCUUCACAAUUACUUUGUGACAUCAUAAAACUACCACAUAUAGAACCAGAAAAACGACCUGACUUAAUGUUACGCACAUUGCAAUCAGAGGAAACAAUAAAACUGCUGUUAGAAACAAUACUGUCAGGAGAAAAAGUCGAAAGCAGUAUUGUUGGUGGAGUAAGAAUAUUAAUUAAUGUAAUUGGUAAAAAAGUAAGUUCAUUCAUAGAUAGCAGUGAUAGCUAUGGAGUUUCCUAUUCCAACAUUGUUGAAGAUGAACUACGUAAUGAAUUAGCUUUAAUCGUUAUACCUUACCUAAGGUAUUUCAAUCAGUUAUUAACUGAACCACCACAAAUGAACGUUGUUAAAACAACAGCUGGUUUCAUAGAGAAACCAUUUGGCCGUACACGCUUGUACAUUUUAAAACUGUACGUUAGUCUUCUUUCUACGGAAAAUGGUCAAGUUCUUGAAAAGUUUGUUGAGUCAGAUACAUUUGAAAUCUUAUUGGACUUAUUUUUCCACUUUGCUUGGAACAAUUUCUUACAUACUCAAGUGCAGCAGUGCUUAAUAAGCGCUGUCAGUAGUGAAUAUUCAAGGAUAAAUAAAUCUAUCUAUCAUAACAUUUUCAUCAAAAGUAUGUACAUUGACCGCAUACUUGAUGCUUGGAAAACUGAGAGUAUUUGUAUUCUAAAUAAUCAAAAUAAAGUCAGACCAGGAUACAUGGGACAUCUUGUAGUAAUGGCCAAUGAAAUUGUAAAGCAGUGUGAAGAAUGUAAUGUUUUAUCCGAUUAUUUAAAAAAAAAUUUACCUGAAGAAAAUAUGCAAAAAUGGGAGUUGUUUGUAUCAUCUCAAUUAGAUGAAAUCAAUAAGAAGCAGCAAAUCGUAUUGGGUGAACCGCUAGAAUCUUAUACAAUGCCUUGUAGUGGAAGUACGGAUCAGUAUACAGCAUUUCCUCAAGAUUCUUAUUGCCAAGAACUGUGCUCUAAUUACGUGGAACAAGAAAUAGUGUCAGCAUAUGAUAAUGCCAACUCUAAUUCCCAGGGUGACGAACUUAAUAAUAUCAACAAAAUUUUUUAUAAUUCGUCAGAAGCAUUGAUUCAACAAAAUCUUAGUGUCACGAACAUUGAUUAUAAAAGAAGCCUAGAAUUAUUUGAUGAAGUCUGUGAUAAUAAGAUGGCAGAUAAUGGUUCUCAAAGUGAUAAAUGGCAAAAUAAUGACUUUCAACUACGUUCAUCUAAUUGGUUAAGUGGAAAGAAGAAUAGUUCAAGCUCAUCUGAUGAAGAAGAAGGAGAGGAUAAAAGUAAUAAAAACUUUAAUGAGCGAUCAAAUGAUUCAGAUGCAAAAAUUAAAGAUCCUUGGAAUACAGUGAAGAUGCUACAAUCAUCUUCUAUGACGCCGAUUAAUCUUUGGAAUGAAGAGAUACCUCAACCGGUUGAGCAAACUGGUUGGGCCAACUUUGACGAUUUUAGUGAUACAACGACUGCUGAUGUGUCAAAAGAAUGAACUAUGCAAUUAAUCCGAGGAGUCAAAAAUAUCAAUUAAAUUUACAUCGAAAAUUAGUUUGAUUUUUAACUUAUUUGAACACAAUUAUAGUGUAUAAUUCCUAGAUAAUGAUGCGACCAAGACUGAACACAUGUAUUUAUUCGAAACAGGAGAAAAAAUAAGAGUGAAUUCGAUUAAAUAGUUAUAAAACCAUUUAAAAUGAAGAUAAAACUAUAUAUAUCAAAAGGAACGUGUUAAAUAGCUUCAU